AAUACAUCGAUAGAUGUUUGAUAGCAGACAGACAGACGUACAUUCUACACCGAGCUACUCUACAGCACCAUCAUGAUCUUAGAAUGGGUCUCAUAUAUUGUGUUUUACCUGCUUGCUGCGGUUUUCUCUGUAUUUCUUGCAUACUGUCUGUAUGUUCAUCAUGUUCACCAGAAAUAUGAUCAUAUACCUGGACCUCCAAGAGACAGUUUUCUGCUGGGACAUGUACCAACUUUUGCUAGAGCAAUGAAGUCGGACAGCCUUAUACAUGACUUGUUUGUUCAAUGGGGAGAAGAAUAUGGCCCUGUCUUCAGAAUGAACAGUUUUCACCAAACCAUGAUCGCAGUUCAUUGCCCUGAGGCUACAAAGACAAUCCUGAUGUCACCUAAGUAUCUCAAAGAUCCCUUUGUCUACAAACGCCUCUUUAACUUGUUUGGAAAAAGGUUCAUGGGAAAUGGGCUAGUAACAGCUGCGGACCAUGACGUCUGGUACAGGCAGCGUCGCAUCAUGGAUCCAGCUUUUAGCAGCACAUACUUACGAGGCUUGAUGGGCACUUUUAAUGAGAUGUCAGAGCGUUUAAUGGACCAUCUGGAGGAAAUAGCCAACACUAAAACGCCUACCAUCAUGCAUGACCUGGUCAACUGUGUCACACUCGACGUCAUUUGCAAGGAGGAAAAAGUUAAUAGUGCAAAAGAUCAUGAGCAGAUGUUGGACAAUUUUGUGACUUUCUUCAUUGCUGGGCAAGAGACAACAGCCAAUCAGCUCUCAUUUGCAAUCAUGGAAUUAGGGAGACAUCCUGAGAUAUAUAAACGGGCUAAAGCAGAGGUGGAUGAAAUCCUUGGGACAAAAAGAGACAUUUCAUAUGAAGAUCUUGGAAAAUUCACCUACUUGUCUCAGGUGUUGAAGGAAACGCUGCGUCUGUACCCGACUGCUCCAGGAACCAAUCGCUGGCUACAUGAGGACAUGGUUAUAAAUGGGCUGAAAAUCCCAGGGGGCUGCUCUGUUGCUUUCAGUGCUUAUGUCUCCCAAAGAAUGGAGAAGAAUUUUAAAGAUCCGUUGAAGUUUGAUCCAGAGAGAUUUGAUGUGAACGCCCCAAAGCCUUAUUACUGCUACUAUCCAUUUGCACUUGGUCCACGAACCUGUCUGGGGCAGGUCUUCUCACAGAUGGAGGCAAAAGUCGUGCUUGCCAAACUGCUUCAGAGAUUUGAGUUCAGUCUGGUUCCUGGACAGUCUUUCGAUAUUAAAGACACGGGAACUCUGCGGCCCAAGAGCGGCAUGAUCUGCUACAUUAAACACUGCUCAUAGGACAUGUUUAAGGCCCUUAUUUUGUGCCAACUGUGAAUACAUCACCUUCAAACAUUAACCUGAGCACAGAAGUUGUAACAUGCUAAUCAUUUAUGGUACAUCUGCACUUUUAAUUGAAUUCAGUUUUAUCGUAGUCCUUCAUUAUGGUGAUUUAAGGUUUUU